AUGUCAAAAUUUCCAUUCGGUACACCUGUCACAACAACAGCAAGUACGGGAUUUGGUUUUGGUGCACAAAAGACAAAUACUGGAUUUACAUUAGGUAGUACACCACUUAGUACUACAAAUCCAACCGUUGGUUCUGGUCUGACUUUUGGUACACCAGCCUCGACAACAACCAUGGCCUUAAAUCCCAGUUUUUGUGGCACUUCCGCUACUCAAGCUCAGUCCAACCUACUUCUAGGAUCAAAUGUAACAACUUCAACUUCUAGUUUAUUUUCAACACCAAUAUCUUCAGCAGCUGCUUCCACUGGUCUUACAUUUGGGACACCAGGCACAACGAGUAGUUUAAAUUUUGGAAAUACUAGUAUUACACCUGUGACAGGAAGUCUUGGUUUAAAAGCUCCAGUAACAACUGCUCCAUCUCUUUUCGGAAGUGCUCCUACUGGAGGCUUAUUUGGUGCAAAACCUAUAACAACUUCUACCACAACGGUAGCAACUACUGUCAACAAAGGUCUCGGGGGUUUGGAUGUAUCUAUUAGCAAUAAAGGACUCUCUCAGGGGAGCAAUAGUCCUACAGCUGCUAAAGAAAAUUUGUUACCAAGUGAACUUGUACAGACCAUAGAUAAUUUCAAAGCAUUUGUAAAAAUGCAGAAGUCAUUCUCAUCGGACAUAGCCAGGGGUUCUGCUAGACCUUUGAAUCGAUGUGCCGAAGAUACCGCAUCACUGAUGGAAAUGCUAACAUCAUUAGCUGGAUCUGUUCAACGAGAUCGUUCCUUAGCCGAUAAAUUAAAACACGAUACAGCAAAGGCCUUACAAAGUGCCGAGAUUGCUCAAAGAACGCAUGAUACACCUGCAGGGCUGCAGUAUGAAAAUAAUGCUCCACUAUUAUUUUUCAUGGAACUUGCAGAACAUUUUGAACACGAUUUAAUGUUGUUCAGAUCACAAAUUGAAGUGACAGAAAAGCAUAUACAAACCAUGAUGGCACCCAAAACACUAACACCACAAGAACUCACAAUGGCUAUGAGAAAAUUACACGAUUCCCUUGUUGCGGUUGCUGGCAAACUACAAGGUGUACAUGCUAAAGUGCAACAACAAAAAGAGCAGUAUCUCAAUUUAAGGAAAUAUGUAUUAAAGGAUAGUACCAAUGUAUUCGAAGACAUUAAAAUAAACGGGAGGACAAGCAAGAAUAACUUUGGAAAGGUAACAAGUGGUCCAACACCCUUUGGUCCAGGAAACAAAACCUUCUUAUCAUCGACGGCUCUAAGUUGCAGUCGAACCCCAAGUUAUGGAACACCAAACCCUUUAGCUUGGGGAAGUGCCACGCCAGUUGCAGCAGCCAGUAACAUCUCUCUGGGUACGACCAUGAAACCACCAACCACAAGUUUAAGUUUCAAUCCACCCGUAAAUCUUACAGCACCUCUGUCAGCCACUGACUCCAAUUCCAGUUUUCAAUUGCAAAAACCACCUGCAGGUGUUAAAAGAGGAAAACAUUAAAUGCAUGCCCCUUGUAACAUUACUCUCAGUAUUUUUCUUACACAUUAAACAUCAUCGUGGCCUUAACCCUUCUUUUACUUUUCUUCUCGAUCGACUGUUACCAAGCUAUCAAGAUUUCCUAAACAUCAAAAGCGUGGAUUUAUUCAUUUCAAAGAGAAGAGAAUUUAUUUAGAGGGAUAAUACUGAGUCUUUAUUAAUACAAUAUAUUUUACUCACACUUUUGUAUCGAAGAAUGGAUUUGUGACGACUCAGUACAAUUCCUUUCUUUGGCUUAUACACCGUUCAUUGUACAUGACCUGGUCUUAUUUUAAUAUAUUAUAUGUGGGUAAAUAUGUAUAUUUUGCAAAUUAUUAUUUUGAAUCUAUUAUCACUACUAUUAUCACUAAUUUUAUGAGUAAGUUAAUGUCAUAGGUUUGUUGAGAUGUAUACCGGUUAUUAUUUCACUUUCGUUUGAUAAGACCAUUAAUCGAAAAUUCUUAAUUAACUAGUUAAGGAUUAUCAGAUAGAAUGUGAAAUGAAGCAUGAAAAACCAAAGAGUGAUAUCAUGUUUCAGGUCCACUUGGUUGAAUUACAGCUUACAGGCACUUUGUAUACGAUAUGUUGAACUCUUUAAAAAUAUAAAUAAAAAGAUACUCUAGCCUUGA